AGUAUAAAAACAAGCGCAUUAGUUAUUGACGCUAACAACAAGUAGAGUUGUAAGGUGCUACGGAGACGGCCAGCCGGGUAGGAUUAGAGUUUGAAAGUACAGGUGCUGAGGUUUCACUUUCAUGGGCAGAAGUUCGCUCUUUCGCCACUAGCUAUGAAGAUGAUGGGUAAGAUUUCGAGUUUAAAGCUCCCGGAACGAGGGGGCGGGGCUUCUAGUUCUACUGACACCUUCACCCUGAGCCAACAGCCCCAGAGUGGCGACGUAACGCCACCACACGAGGACGAUCUUGGUAUUGCGCCACAAGAGGAGGAGCAUUCCAGUAAGGAGAACAAGCACAACUUUUUCUACGAUGAACAUCAUUAUCAAGAAGAAGUAGAAGACCAUGACGUUGACGAAGAUUUAGAUGAAAGUUCGCUACUCGGUUCAGCAACUCCAGCAGAAAGAGCACCUGGUGUAGUGGAGAUGCACGCUGUAGAGGACUUCCUCGUAGAGGAUGAGUUAGAUCAUAGCACUUCGACUCCAUGUGCUGGAGCCACUAUGAAUUACCCCAGUAGUCGUGCGCCAUCACGUCAAACGGAAGAUCAUGAUCAACAGACUCAAGAUAAAUUGGCGACGAAAGUAGUAGAAGAGGAAAAGACCACGGCGGCUGUCGUGCCAAGAUUAGCAGGCUGGGGCUCGUCGUCCUCUUCAUCGUCAUCCGUUGCAGGUGCUGAACAAGCAGACAAUGUUGUGAAAAACAAACCGGACCGUGCACCUUCGCUCCGUUCCAAGAUGGCGGCCGCUAAACGCCCCAUGGCAUAUUUGCAGAAGCUGAUGACCCAGAUGAAAUCGAGUUCAUCCGCAUCGUCGAAGACGUCGACUAAUUCUCUAACGGCGUCUGCUGCGUCUGUUGUUAAGGCAAGUGUUGACUAAGCUAAGUAGUUUACUCGCUAAGUAGUCGUAGUUUACUCGCUAAGUAGUGGUCGUAGAAUACUCGCUAAGUAGUCGUAGUUUACUCGCUAAGUAGUCAACAAAUAGUUUCUCUACUAAUCUUAGCAGAACCCAAGAUAUCGAGGUACUGGAUGUUGGUACACCGAGGACGGAGCCGGCGCCUCCACAAGUUGCUGCGGAAUCAGCAACACCUCCACAGGGGGGCUCGAGGACGCCUUCUGCCGGAUCUGGAACGCCUAUCAAAAGCGGCAACACUCCACCUCCUCCUGGCGCAAAAACUUCAUCACACACCUCUUCAGGAGCAUUUGGCGUAUACCUAGUCGAAGGCGCUGCUUCUAAAGUUUCUAGUGCUGCGGUUUCUAGAACACCAUCAGAAAAAUCAGGAGGCUUAUUUGAUGGACCACAUGGAGGAGGUACGCCGCGUGUUGAUAUUAGAAAUGACGAACAAGAUGUUACACCCGAAGAUGAUCUUCAGCCUGAUCAUGUUCACGAGGACUCAUCUUCAAGUAGGAAGAAACCUUCUCCAGCGCGACAACUACCAUCCGUAUUGGUAAAGACAGGAGGAUCCACGUCUUCUUCUUCCACCACUCCUAUGUUAAUAUCCUCUAGAAGUAGCUCCAUGGCAAAAGCGCAAGCUCAACAGAGAGGUGGUGGCGGAGGUGGACUACAACUACAAGAGCAGGACGAAAGUCGUCACGUCGUACCCAUGAUCUCCUCGUCUUCUAUCUCUGGAAGUGGAAGUGGCUACAAUGAUGAUCCGGCGUCGUGCGGAGACAAGAACGUAGCAUCUCUGAAAGCUGAGAUAGCCGCACUCCGGGAAAAUCAGCAACAGUUGAAGCGGCAACUGUCUCAGAUAUUUCGACGAGACGAGCUCCUAGAUGGAGAGUUUGCCACUGUGGACGAUGAGUGCGUACACAAAGCACACAAGAUUGGUAAUCAACUCGUGCUCUUUUUCGAUUGCAGCAGGUGAUGUGUAGCCAGUAGAACUACUACUACUUGGAUUUUAAGUACUCAUCUUAAAUGAUCUAUUUGUGCUUCAUUCAGCAUGCAAAUGCAAUUGAUGAACUGCGAAGCAACCGAGGACCUGUCUAGUAUCAAAAACGUAGCUGAACAUGUUGGGACUACAUCUACUACUACUUGUUCUCUACCACAGACACCUGGUUGCAAGAGCAUUGCGGAGUCGCGGAUGCAACUUUCCCGCCAAAUAUUGAGGAGAUCGCACGCGAGCGUCGGGAGCGCGUCUUCGAAACCAGACGGCAUCAGCCCUACGCGCCUAGCCCUAUAGAGUCUAUGUCUGACCCGAUGUGUCAGCAGUUUGGUCUUGGUGGUGCCAGUGUUUCCUCCAAUUCGAAAAUGUCCCCCACCGCCUCUGCAGGUGGAGGUUUGCUAGCGACGUUUGACGCGAUCAAACACUUGGCGUCAUUUGGAGGAGGUGAGCAAGGAUGUACUCCUACUUCUGGGAUGCACAAGCAACAGUUUUUGGACAAAGGUCACAUGCCAACUUGGGAAACAACGCCACCUGCUGUUGGUAUUCCGCGGCUGUGCAAGGCGAAUUUUAGGCCAACGGGCGUCCAGCUGGCACUUUCUGGCGCGGCUGUGAACUACAACUAUAGAGCAGCUGUGGAUCCUCACACUAGACCACGAGAUACACGCACACCUACCGGGGGAGGUCCUUUUUGCAAGGGAUUUUACGCACCACACCGAUCUACGAAGAGCAAGGCUGGAGUACUACUAAAUUUGAGUUCCUAACUUUUUCUUUUUGCAGUAGAAGAUGAAAUCGAGCAAAAAAACGGGAAAGCAGAAAUGAUGGUAGAGAAGUGAGAGCAAAAAGCUGCGGGGCGGGAGGUGGCGCGCUGGUGCAAGAGGUUGCGGAAGAUACACCCCCGGCGAUGGAAAAGCCUUCAUCAAGCCGCCAAGCGCAGGGUGUUUUAUUUCUAUUGUGUAAGUUGUGAGGGGGAUGAGGCUGAGGACCCGAGGCCACCCACCGCGGCCGCACGCGUGUACCCGGGUCGCGCUGCUGGCGUGUGUGAUAUUCGUCUUUUUCUUCUUCUUUUCGGGGAAGUGGAAGUGAGUAGAAUCAAUGUAGUCAGUGAGUUUUAUUUUUUUUCUGAACGAAGGAAUCAUGUGAACUGUAAAGAUAUGUUGAUUGCAUUGAUUGUCCAAUCUUGCUCUGUUCAUCUUCAGAGGCUCAUUUAUGGUGAUUGAACUUGAUGUCGUGCAAUUCUUGGAGGUAGAUAAUUGCUACUUUCUUCCUCCUCCUCACUCCUAAACCCUAACUUCCUCCUCCUCACUAUAGUGUGUGCGUUUAUCAUUAGCUUAUCUAACUGCGGGGCUUGUGAAGUUAAACGACCUGUAAUUCUAAUCCAGUCCUCAUUAUAUAUAGUGUGCUGCAACUUCACGCAUUUUCAUUCCAACUCGCCUCUCCCCAGGGCUCAGGAACCGGCGGAGCAUUUUCCGUAAAUUCUUCAAAAGAGUCGGGGAUUAGUGCAAAGAGCGCGUGUGAGGAUGGUUUUGUACCAAGAAAAAGCAGCGGUUUUCAGCAGGUGGAGUUGCAGCAAGGCACAAGAGUGACCACUUCCGUAGUCGUGCCUCCAUACUCAUCGAUUUCAAUCGCCAGCAGGAGCAUUGCAGCCGCCUCUACAGCUGCACCAGUGUUGAGUGGUGGACAUGAUCAAACGGCCGCUUCUACGACUGCCGUGGUGAGCGUAAAUCAUAGUCAGCCGCAAACAAGAACCACGACCACUUCUACCACCACGACUCGAUCGACGCUAGCAGCAAUUCCCCCACGUCCACAAGCAAACCUUCAGCCUCAGCCAGCACCCCAACAAGCUCAUCCAGCACCUCAAGUGCAGAAUCCUCUUCCCCUACCUCCACGACCACCAAGACUAUCCUUACCAUCCAAAAUAUCUGCCCACCAACCUGCUCAAGUACAACAAGUUGUUGCGUCGAAUAUACAACCUGCUAGUAAACGGGGUUGGGAGCAAACGCCUUCCCCUUUUGCUUUUCAUGGCAUGUCUCCUAUAGGGAAUAUGCAAUCCGGUUUCCUAGAACGAUCGGGAGUGCGGAAGGCGUCGCCGAGUCCUAUGGUACUCUGUCUCUGCAUGCAUUUGCUUUUCCUCUUUCUUAAAUGAUCAACAACUUCACUAUAUUUAUCUCAUACACAAUCAAGUCUAAGUCACGACAUAUUAAAGCGAAUAUUACAACUAAAUCACUCACGUUUCAUCAUUCUUGUUGCACCUUCAUCAAAUAAUUGCAGCCUUCGCCGUCCCUGCGGACAACAUCCGGACUUCAAAGUCCAAGCGGCUUAGCGUUUCCUACAAUCACACCACCCGUUCUUCCAGCACCGAAAGAGGGACAAGCUCUCUUUACGCCUUCACGAGAUAACAACCGGCAGUCUGCAACAGGAGUGUCUUCGAGUGCCGCAGCGAGUAAAAGUUCCACAACUUCUAGUGCAGCUGCAGAAGUUGUUACCUUUUCAUCAUCUGCAAUGAACCCCAACCUCCCAUCAUCAAAUGUUGUGGGCGCUUCAUCAUCCAGUAUUAAGGCUCACCUUUCAGUGGUCAAGGUCAUUGAGAUUGGUCACUGAGAUCGAAGAGGGGGCGCCUUCUUGAGAGAACCAACAGGGGAAAUAGAUGAAGGGAAAAGGGGAGAGCUUUGAAGGUGGCCUCUUCCGUUCAGCAUCAGUGACCGCUGCCUGCUGAUCUUUAACAGAAGUAUCCAAAGAUCAAAUUCGCAGAGUCGAUUUGAACCGCCUCAAGAUGCAGGAGGAACUACGGAACAGCACCAGAAUAAUGCGGCGUCAGCAGAAUCCCUAAAGCGUCUGGAGAUGGAUCUUAGAGCAUCAGCGAUCAGCGCAAAAGAAUUGGGAACUACGAGGUUAAGGCAAUCGGUUUUGGUUGGUCCAGAGCCUCAGCUUUUUAAGUAGAUGAAACUUGUUCAUUGUUGCACAAUGCUGAUCUCAACACCUUAAUAUCUUCUGCCACUAUCACUACUAGAAUUUUACAGUGAUCUAGUUGUAUUUUAUCUGCCACUAUCACUUCUACUAAAUGACUUUAGAGUGAUCUUGUACCUGGAGUUAUGAUUUCAUCUUCUAACUCUCCCCCAGCACAUGAUAAGCACGCCUGGAAGAGCACAACUAGGGUCCUCACUCAUCACAUCCGCAAGACAGAGUCCAACACUAGCAUCACGAACUGCAAGUCCGGUCCCAUCGAAGGUGAAUGUGAGUGACUAUAUUUACCGUACAUCACCCGGCGCAGCUCUCGCCAGCAGAGGUGGAGGAACAUCGUCGAUCACGGCAGCGCCCCCCAGACCGACAUCUUCAUCAAGCACAGCAGGUCCAACACGUGGUGCACCGCUACCAGCCGGGUCUUCAAAACUGUCAACAUCUCAUAUAUCGAACGAUCCCAUGGGUGCACAUCAAGCUCAGGAUACUAGUGUCCGAGGUGGUGCGACAGUGAUGGACGAUCUAGAUGCCUUAAUCCAAAGGACACGUGCCAAACUAGGGACUUCCAAAUCGUCUACUAGUUCUUCGGAAAAACCAAGAGUUGUUCCAACUUUCCUGAACAAAAUGGAUACUAGUAGUACAAUCAAGGCACCUCCAUCUACAACUGUUCGAGGAGGUCUUGUAGUUGGAGGUGGCGAACAUCAAGAUGAACUUGUUCUACAAGAAGACGGCUUUGGUAGCACAGGAUCCGGCGGAGGAGGGGGCCUGGAGGUUCUUGCUGCUGCGCUUGAAGCGCACUACGGUGGGACUGUAGAGAAUUAG